AUGUUCCGCGUCGAACUAGUUUCCGACACCUCAACCGCCACACCAGGCUGGAGCUACGCCCCCACGCGCGCCUUCAACCCCUCCCAAACCAUAACCGCACCCACCCUCAGCCGCAAACGCAACAUCCGCGACGCCGGCAAAGGCGCCGACCUAACCUCCCGACAAGCCAACGCCAUAGCGCGACACAUCGCCGACCUCGACCGCGAGAACCAGCGCGACGUGUCCAUCCCAGCACCCGUCAAACAAGCCCGCGAAGCCGGCGCACGCGGCACAAGAGCAAAAACAACCUCCAGCGUGCGCCGCAUCCUCACAUCCCAAAAGACUUUCCGCAACCACCUCGACGAUGAGGAAGCGGCUAUUGCCGCUGGCGGAGGCGGGAUUGGCGGGUUACAGGGUCUUGGUGGUCUGAAUCUGGUUGCGCAGGCGCGUGGUAAAGCUGCUGCUGCUGCAAGGCGUAGCUCGACGCCGGCUAGUGUUGUGGGUGUUAAGAGGUCUUCUGAGGCUAUGGGGGAGACGGGGAUGGAGUCAGAGAUGGAUGUUGAUAGUGACGCACCAGGGCCGCAAAGGGGACUUAUCAAGAGUGAAUAUGAUAAUGAUCCUUUGCUGCGGUCGUAUGCGCCGUCUAUGCCGUCUGAGAGGAUUAUGCAGCGGUUGCUGGCGGAGCCGCCGCUUUCUUAUAAUGAGUCAAGGGCGAAGCCGGCGGCGUCUGGGAAGCCGGGGAGGAGGUUUUGUUGUAUGUGUGGAUAUUGGGGGAAGAUUCGGUGCAAGAAUUGUCAUUUGAGGACUUGUGGGUUGGAUUGUUAUAAGGUGCAUGAGGAUUCGAGAUGUGGUGCUUUCUUCUGA